CACACACACACACACCCCAAAAACCCCCCCAAAACAAUUGCAUCUAGUUCGAGUUCGUCUCAUUUUUGUCAGUGAUGAUGAAAUGUUGUUUGCUUUGUGCACAAAACUUCAGCAGCCUUUAAUCCCCACCCACUGCAACAUAUGAGGGCUGCACGUUGUAGUAUUGUAUUUGAAUCCUUAGAGCCAUUCUCACAAACAAACCCCUGCAAAGACGUGAGGCCUGUUGUCCAAGUAUGACCAUGUCCAACAUGACAGCUGCAUGCUUACUGCUGGCUCUAAUCGGUUGCAUCAGUGCGCAGUUUUCGCACCCGGGACCAUGGGAAAUCAUUAGCCGUGACAGGAGUAAGCGGAUGAGCUGCACUGUGGACUCUUCAGUGACCCUCUCCUCCACUGCUCUUCACUGGUACAGAGCCAAACCUGGAAUGGCCUUGCAACGCAUUUUGUACUUUGCAGCUGGAGCUUCAUCAGGCACCAGCGAGAAUGAAUGUUUAAGCAGAUGUAACGGUGGUAGAAAGGGAAAUGUCUUCACUCUGACCAUCACAAAAGUAAACACCGACGACGCGGCCACUUACUACUGCGCGCUGUGGCGCGGGGACACGGUUACACAUUAUCCGAAUGAGAAAGUCUUCAGCUCCGGCAUCAGACUGUAUGUUACAGAUGGUAACACAAAGGUUCCCAAAGUGUCCGUGUACCAAGCGUCCAGGCCACAAUCAAAUGGAAAGCGUGUGUUGCUGUGCCAGGCGAGAGGCAUGUACCCGGACCUCGUGAAAUUCACAUGGCAAGCAAAAGCUCAGAGUGGAGAAACUGUAGAGCUGAAAGAUGAUGAGCAGCUGGAGCAGAGAGAUGAGGAUCAGGAGGUCAAAAUAACCAGCAUGCUCAUUGUAGACAAACAGAAAGUGAAGACCAGUACAUUCAUCUGCUCUGUUCAACACGGGGUCAGCAAUAAACAGAGCGUCACCACACCACAAGAUGAAGAGAAACCUGAUGCUGAUCCUGAUCCUGACCCUGUUAAACCCUGCCCGACACCAAUAGAAAAGGAGCAAGAAGAAAAAGAAGAGGAGGAAGAGGAAACACCUAUAUAUGGUGUGUUUGAGCUCAGACGCAGUCUGUAUCUGUUCACUGUGACGUAUGUGAUACUGCUGGUGAAAUGCGUACUGUAUUUCUGCACCGUCUUGCUCUUACUUUACAAAAGAAACACUGCAAACAAGGAGAUGCUCGGAAACAAGACUCGCUGAUCAGCCCAGAACGAAACACCACACCAAGAUUUUUCAAGACAACACACAUUUAGCACAUUAUUUUCCUAUGUACAUUGCAACAUGUUUGUCUGUUGUCUGUCUGUGUUGUUACUCUGAUUAAGUAGAGAGAUAAAUCCUUUUAUUAUUUUUAAUUUUUUUUUUUACUAUUUCCUCAUAACAGGAAAUACUUUCAAUAUUAAGUAUUUGGAUAAACUGCUUGUUUAUUCUCUUUGGAUAAGUGAUGAGUAAAUAAUAAUUGUGCUUUACUAAAUUUGGAGAUUAAUAUUUCUACUCCACUCUGUUUGCAUUACCAAGAUGUUCUUCAAUAAAUGACAAAAAAUAAUUACGUAAUGGUUCCUUUUUUUGUUUUUCAACAACACUUCAAUAUAAUUCUAUAUGAAUUAAUUUCCCCACAUUCAUAUCAUAUACUGUAUUUCGUUACACAUAAAUCCAAAAAGCCAAAGAGCAUUUGCUAUUGCAUUUUUAUGAAGUUUAUUACUUUGAUUAGAAUGGAAACUGCUGUGGAAGGAAAGUGUGGUCGUGGUGGGUUUUUAUUUUUAUUUUUUUUUUACAUACACGGUAGCUGAAUGUGUUUACUGAAAAUAAAACACAUGCAGCAGCUUCACCGCAAUUUGCUGAGCUGAUAAGCUAUUAGCUGUACAGGAUGUGUCUGUAUGAUUCUCUGAAUCCUUAUUUGUACUACAUUAUUUCUUCUUUGUAAGAGUUUUUUUCUUCUUAUUUCAAUAAAAUGGUUCCAGUUUGGAAACAUCUAUAUACAGCCUUUAACGGUUUCCCCAAAUAGACAAUCAAAGAACCAUUAAAGAUUGUACAUUUGGUCUAUUUUUCAUAAGAGUGUAGAUGGAUUUACAGAUGGUUUUUCAGUACUACUUUUCUUACAUGGCCUACCUCAUACAUGGCUUGCCUUUCUCUUGACAUGCACUAAAAUCUCAGGAAUAGAAAAAUUCACAAUAUAGCCAAUUAUAACAAUAUAUAAU